UACCUGUUGGGGUUUUUAGCGUUCGGAUUCCGGGUGGGAAUGGAGCCUGCUCCGCCGGAGCCCGAACCGGAGCCGCUUCGGCUCAAGUCCCUCAAGCUCCCGGGGGGGUUCGGCGUCCCGCAGCGGGACCGGCUCGGGACGUGCCGGAGCGUCAAGGAGUUCGAGAAGCUCAACCGCAUCGGCGAGGGCACCUACGGCAUCGUGUACCGCGCCCGCGACACCAGGAGCGGCGAGAUCGUGGCCCUGAAGAAGGUGCGGAUGGACAAGGAGAAGGACGGGAUCCCGAUCAGCAGCCUGAGGGAGAUCGCGCUGCUCCUGAGGCUCAGGCACCCCAACGUGGUGGAGCUGAGGGAGGUGGUGGUGGGGAGCCACUUGGAGAGCAUAUUCCUGGUCAUGAGUUACUGCGAGCAGGACCUCGCCAGCCUCCUCGAGAACAUGCAGACGCCGUUCUCCGAAGCGCAGGUGAAGUGUAUCGUCUUGCAGUUGCUCAGGGGCUUGACCUACCUGCACAAAAACUUCAUCCUUCACAGGGAUCUGAAGGUCUCCAAUCUGCUAAUGACAGACAAGGGCUGUGUGAAAAUAGCGGACUUUGGCCUGGCGCGAGUCUACGGCAUCCCGCUGAAGCCCAUGACCCCCCGGGUCGUGACGCUGUGGUACCGGGCCCCCGAGCUCCUACUGGGCAGCACGACCCAGACCACCGCCAUCGACAUGUGGGCCGUGGGGUGCAUCCUGGCGGAGCUGCUGGCCCACAAGCCCCUGCUCCCGGGCGGCUCGGAGAUCCAGCAGGUGGACCUGAUCGUGCAGCUGCUGGGGACGCCCAACGAGAGCAUCUGGCCGGGCUUCUCCCGGCUCCCCCUGGCCGGCCGCUACACCCUGCGCAAGCAGCCCUACAACGCCCUGAAGACCCACUUCUCCUGGCUGUCGGAGCCCGGCCUGCGGCUGCUCAACCUGCUCUUCAUGUACAACCCGCAGCGGAGGGCCAGUGCGGAGGACUGUCUGGAGAGCUCCUACUUCAAGGAGAAGCCAUUGCCCUGCGAGCCGGAGCUGAUGCCCACCUUCCCCCACCACCGCAACAAGAGGGCCCCGCCCCCGGCCGCCGCCGAGAGCCAAUCGAAACGCGGGAAAGUGUGACCCCCGCCCCCUCUGAGCCGGAUCACAGGCGUUUCCGGACUCCGGAAAGACCCGGAAGGGGGCUCGGUUUCACACGUCGGAC